AUUAGACGCAAUGGAGGACUCCGAUCAACGAAAAGAAAUCGACGAAGGGGAGAAAAGGGGAGGGUUUUCUUUUUCCUUUGCCAAGAAGAUACAAGAAACAAAAACUCUUGAAGUUAAGAAUAUUGGUGAUGCUGAGAUAUCGAAAAGCAAGACUAAAACGGACUACAUUUUGUCACUAGACUCAAAUAAAGUAACAAGUGUCAUACCACAGGAGAAACCAAAGGCGCUUGUGAUCCCUCUCAUCAAGAGAAAUGAAUGGCAGACAAAAAAGGGCAGUGAACAGGAUGACGGUGAAAAGAAGAAACGACCAGCAGAUACUUCAGAGAAAGAUGCUGAGCAGAGAUCGAAAAAGAAGAAAGAUGACAGAAAGCCAAGUACUUCUGUCGAUUCUCUCGAAAGUGAGGCAGUGAAAGAGAUUAUGGAAGAUGUGUCCAGGUACAGUGAGAAAUGGGAUGAUAGAGGUACAGAGGACCUUAAUCUAACCAUUCCACUACUCAUGCAGAACAAGGUACCAGAUGGUUUUGAGACAGAUGAUAGGUUAGAUGUCUCCAUCAGGCCUGAUACAGCUAAUGAGGCUAAUUAUGAAGAAGUUCCAAUCGAACAGUUUGGCAUGGCAAUGCUUCGUGGAAUGGGGUGGAAGGAAGGUGAAGGGAUUGGAAAGGGGCUGAAGAAAGUUGUGGAACCUAUUGAAGUGACCUUGCGACCUAAAGGUCAAGGCCUCGGUGCAGACAGACGACCUGGAGAUGCAUUGGAUGCUAAAAGGAAGAGGAGGAGAAAACCUGGAGAACCCGCUGUGAAGGCAGAGGAAGAGGAACCGAAAGGAUUUGCAAAGGGUGCUUACCUGCUGGUGUGCAGUGGGCCACACAAGAAUCUCUAUGGCAUGAUAGAGGGUGUGGAUGAGGAUAAUUCACGGGUAGUCAUCAAGUUUGCCUUGAACAACCAAUCAGCAACACUCAGCCAGUUUGCAGUACAGCUGGUUUCAAAAGAGGAUUACAAAAGAUACUCCAAAGAUCUUGGGAAGUUUAGUCGAGGUCAUGAUGAAUUGAAGAAGAGAGAGGAAGACAAAUCACAGGAUGGCAGUGACUCAGAUAGGAAGAAACAAAAACACAGAGAUGACAAAGAAAGGACUGGUGAUAGUAGUAGACAUGACAAACAUUCAAGAGACAAAAGAAAAGAGGAUGAAGACAGGCCAGCGAAGCAUUCUAAACGGGACAGAUAUGAUGAUAGGGAAAGAGAUCAAAAUGGGGAGCGACAUAGAGACAGACAUGGUCGUUCAAGAGAUGAUGAGGAUAAUGGGAGAUCAAGGAGUAAGGAUGAUCGCCAUCGGCAUAGAGAUGAUGAUAGGAGAGAUUCCAGUAGGAGGAAAGAGGAGAGAGAAGAUAGAUCUACUAAGCAUCAGUCAGAUAAUGAUAAGCAUUCUAGGUCAAGUUCUGAGAAGACCACAUACUGGCUGCGUCCUGAUUUGCGAGUGCGCUUUAUUGAUGCAACCUACAAGAAGGGCAAGUACUACAAUGUCAAGGUCAAGGUCAUUGAUGUCAUCACCAGAGAUACCUGCACAUGUCAGACGGAUGAUGGCGCACUUAUUGAAGAUGUCCACCAAUCUAUGCUAGAGACUCUCAUACCCAAGACAGAUCCUGCAUACAUCAUGGUAGUCAAUGGGAAAUAUAAAGGCCAGAUCGGUACCGUACUCAAGAAGGACAAAGCGAAAUGCCAAGCUGAUGUACAACUGCUUAGAGAAAGAGAGAAGAUCAUCAAGAUGGAUUAUGACAUCAUCUGUGAAUUUGCUGGAAAUUUACAUGAUGAGGAGGAUUACUGAAAUCAAUUGAAUGUUACAUGAGAUGUGUGCGCUUGUGGGGGUGGUUCAUAAUCACAAAAUUGAAUUUGAUAAUUUAUUUAAUAUUGUCCUCAAAUAAUGGAAAUUGCUUCAAAAUUAAUGAGUCGCAUUUAUGAUUUCUUGAAUGCAGACAUGUAUUACAGUCAAUGUAUGACUGCUACAAAGAGUUCUUGCUCUCCUAUUGAAGAUAAUUGUACCCGAGUCUUAAGUCUUCAUCAGAUGAUGGUUUUAGAAUGGAUUGGUGAAAUGUUAUCUAUUAUAUAUUGCAGAUGUCCCAAUAUGUUUAUCAUAUCAAAGCUCAAGUACAGUUUUGGUAUCAAAAAGGAUAUUGGAAAGAGACUUUUAAAACAUGGUCUCGUGUUGUUCUUGUAGUAAAGUGGGACUGCACUACUUGAAGCUAUCGCUACCCUCUAUAAUGCAUAAGCGGUACCUGUUGGUCCCCCAUGGUCCCCUUUUUUGUUAUGUUAAUUGAGAGCUGAUUUGAUGAGAUAACUACCUCACCUGCCAGUGACGACACAGAAAGGUCUAAUCCAUCCUGGCCAAACUAGUGCAGAUAGGCUUUAAACGAUACUUGUACAAGAUAAUUUGGUCUUCUGUCCGGUUUUCCAGUGAAUUUUAUUGUAAAUAUGAUCUGCAAGGAAUGCUAGAUAAUAACGGCUAUAAACUUUCCUACGCUCGAACCCUUCCAGCCUGAUGGCUCCCCACACAGUGACAGUACGUGGCACACAAUCAUCUUGGUGCUUCGUCUAUAGAUAGCGUGUGUCCCAUAUGUUUUAUAUGUGUUGUCUGAAUCUACAUCCCACCUGAGGUAUAUGAAUAAUUUUGACCUUCUAUUCUUUUAAGAUUGCACGUAAGGAGGAAAACAAAACCUCUACAGUAGCUUAAUAUUGCUAGUAUCUUGCAAUUUAUCAUCUAAAAUCAAAGAAUUUGUUUAUAGGGCGCUUUCCAAAACUAUACUUGACCUUUUAUUAAAUACAAACAAUAUGAAGAUUAACCUACCCCCUCCCCCACAAAAGUGCGCACACACACACACACAAGUUUGGAUAUAAGCCAAGCUUGCUUAUAAUCACUGUUGUCAUUUAUAUGAUGCACAAGUAUGCCUGUAACUGUGUUCUAUGUAUAUUUUUAUGAACUUUGGAAUCCUUGUCUUUCAAGACAUCGGGACAUUGAGAUAACCCUUCAUGACACUACAGUCUCAAAAAACGUAAUUGAUUUUACGUAAAACUUAUUUGAUUCAUGUUUAAUCCUAGUAGCAAGUCUUAUUUGGGCAAGUAAAAUAUAUUGUCUUGUUUAAUGAUACCCUGCAACUUUUUAGAGAAUAAAUUUGUAUAAAAUGAUAAUUU